CAGAAACUUUUUAAGGAAAUCCGCGCCCAGAUGUUUUACCACCUCAUAAUGGGGUUUUUGCCAGUACUUUGUUCUAAAGGCGCUUUAGGAUCAUCAAAUGCCUCAUAUGAACAUCAAGUCCGCAGAGCCCUGCUAACCAACUAUGACAUGAACGUCCGGCCAGUGAUAGGGAAAAAACCUGUGUACGUGGCGUUUGGUAUGAAGAUUAGCAGACUCGUGAAAGUGGACACAAGAGAGCAAUUUGUGAUUUUGGACACUUGGGUGGUACAGAAAUGGAAAAAUAUAUUUCUCGCAUGGGAUUCGGCAGCCUAUGGAAAUGUAUCUCGUGUGCAGUUUCUUCCGACUGAGGUCUGGGUACCAGAUAUUUCCCUUUUCAACAACGGAGACGACCGUAUCCCCUUGGCUGGAGGAAGCACGAAAUUUGUUACCGAAAUCUCGGUGGACAGCGGAGGAUACUGUGUGUGGAGCGGACCUGCUACGUUUAAAGCGAACUGUGAUUUGCAAAUCGUUAGUUGGCCGUUUGACAACCAGACAUGUGAACUGGCCUUUGGUUCAUACACAUACGGAGAUGACAGACUGAAAAUUAAACUGUUUGUGGACAAAGGUGGCAUAUUCACCGAUCGCUUCGUUACAAGCGGUGACUGGAGUAUAACGAACAUCGCAAAAAGGGUUGAUAAGACAACUCACGGCGACUGUUGUCCUUAUGACUUUAGCGAGGUUGUUUUCACGUUAAAAAUGUCUCGGAAACCUUUGUUUCACCUGUUUUACCUCACUAUUCCAAGCACGUUGCUUUUGGCUUUAACUUUGACAUCCUUUUUUAUUCCCGUGGAGAGUGGGGAAAGAAUUGGCUUUGUCACUACCAUGCUUCUUGCCAUGACAGUGUUUCUUCUCCUUAUUCCAUCCUUCCUCCCUGAAACAUCCGAUGGCGUCCCAAUCCUGGGCAUAAGUUUCCAGGCCACGUCGGUCAUCAUAGCCUUGGUCCUCUUCAGUAACAUCUUCGUUAUCAAGGUUUUCUUCAUGGAUGGAACCCCACCUCAAUGGGUAGGCAGACUCUGCUUUUGUUGUAGGAAGAAGGGAAAACCGUCCAAACGAGUUCAUGUGAACAGCUCGGACGAGUUUCCAGUCCCUUCUAUGAAAUCUCACCCAUCCCUGAGUACCAUAGAACUGUCCACCACUUCCCCAAAAGCUGCCACAGCACAUGGAUGGGGGGAGAAGGAAGAACAAAUAACGUGGCAGAAAAUGUCAGCUAGUUUGGAUCAUUUCUUUUUUACGUUUUUUUCCAUCAUUAGCGUGAUUACCAUUUGCGUAAUCUACUUGGCAAACAAGUAAUGAAGUGUAAGAGUGUUGAACCAGAAAGGCCCCGAAGCCAUAAAGCUGACAAGUUUUAUAUUUAUGGAUACUCAUUUUCGUUUUAUUUACUAAUCCUUUUUUAUGAUAAAGUGGCUCCACUGCAUUGUAUGAAAGGAGACACCCUUCGUUUUCACGAUUUGAUAAGGAUUUGGCUUUAGGGCCCAUUUGUAUAAUGUCAGGUAUCAGAGACACCUCCAAAUUGGUUUGGCCGUGACAACUUUUCACUUAUUUCUUUGAAACAUUUCAAUCAAAGGUUUAUAAGAAAAUGUUAGUGUUGAGCCAUAAAAUGAGCUAUUACGCCACA